GGCAUAUCUUGGGCGGCGAAGGCUAAGUCGUGUCGAGGCAAGAGGAUUCCCUUGGCGUUCAUGGUCUGCCUCGUUAAUUUGGUUCCCAGAUUGAUGCAGCCGCCUCCCAUGGCGCCAACAUGGCUCAUUCUCGGUACCGUCUCCUCCUCUCGGAAGCCGCCAGGGAUUGCAUCGGGCGUGUAAACAAAGACUUCGUUCGUGUUCGGCCGGGGGCAGAUGUUCUGGCGUCUAUUCUCAGCCCUUAAGGUCGCGGCGGUCAAAUUUACGGAUGAAGUGAGGAUAAAUGAAACGCAAAUUAAGACGGGACCUGCAGUUCUUAUGGGCUCGCCUCGAAAAGAAACGCUCCUCUAUACUUUCGCCUGGUCCAGCCUCUUUUUGCAUAUGGAAUCGAGGCCGCCGCCGUCGCUCUCGGGUUUAACAGACGGUGAAGUCCAUGUCGCACAGCAGUUCGAUUCCAGAUACGGCCUGAGGAAAGCGGAGACUCGCAACGUUAACUGUCGUCUGGUGUGCCUUAGAACAAAAGGGACUACUGCAUUGUGUUUUCCAGUCCCUGAGUGGCCAGCCCGACCCAGGACACCGGCAACUGGAGUCGGAGUUGAACCAGCCAUGGUGCUAGAAGGCACUGACCAUAUCGCGAUGCCACCACGCCGGACCGGACGCACCGAGUCUGUCAUCAUGGCUGUCAAGGAUUCUAUUUUUGUUGCAGCCUCAGGGGUUUGUUGAUUGAGCUUGAUUGAGGGCCCACUAGGCAUUCCUUCGAUGGCAGCAUCGCGGACCUGGAACCGUUUCCAUGGCUGCAUGCGAUGUUAUCUGGACACAUGAACUUGCAGCUGUCGAUGGUUCACGCAUGUCAGCUGACGCCUUUGGAUAAGCUAAGGGUAACUUCAGGUUAGUAUCUGUGUCGUCCCU